AUGGCGAACGCGCCGGAUCGCUUUGCGCUCUUCAUCCUGGGUCCGAACGAGCAUAGAGUGGACGUAGCCGAAGAUCCUCAAAUAGCCAACGCCGCCACGUUCACAUUGAACAAGGAAGAUCACACGAUGGGCAACAUGUUGCGUCAUGCUGUUCUCGUGAUUCCGGGUGUAAUCUUUUGCGGGUAUAGGGUUCCUCAUCCGCUCGAGCCUCGGGUGGUGAUCAAGGUUCAAACGGACGGGAGCAUUUCUCCCUCUCAAGCCAUCUUGAACGGAUGCAACAACCUCAUCUCUCAAGUGGGCCAGGUCAGGAAUCAGUUCAGAAAUGAAUUGCAAGCAAAAGGCUUUGGCUCCGCUUCGGGACAUUCGGCAAAUGCGAAUUCUUUCGAUGCCAAUGCCCCUCAAGGCUACUCCUACGGCGCCGGCUAUGGCGAUGCGCUGGACCAAGGCAGAGAGAAUGGCGAUUAUGUGGACAUCUAG